GGAAGCAAAUCUUCGUACCACAGAGAUGAAAAGCGAAGGAGAGCAUUUCAACGUUCCGUUGCCUUACAUACAAUGGAAGCUCUGGGGCUUCCCUCCCGCGGCCCUCUCACGAUUUCGCAGUCCGCCACUUCCCGCAGAGUGCGAACCGCGAGGAGCUCGCGGACGAAGACGCACUCACGGGGCUUUAUGGAGCUCCCUCCUCUUGGAUUGAUAUCGUCUUUGGCAAUUCGCCAUAAAAAGCGGAGUGUUAUCAGAAUGAUAGCUGACACGGAUGACUAUGACUUGAGGCAAAUGAUGGAUAAGGCUGCUGCCCGAAAGAGAUGGGAUUCUCUGAUUAGGGAACAAAAAGUUAAAUGUCUAAUCCCAAGGGAAGCUGGAUAUGCAAUACAACUCUUAGAUAAGACCCUAUUAGAUGUUCACUCUUCUGUGGAAAGCAGCAAGGCUUGGGUCAAAGGAUCAACUUGGAUUCCCAUAUUUGAUGACAAUAGUGGAUUUGAUCCUGGGACUCUUUCUAGGAAGAUGAUAAACUUUGUGAUGGGUGGUUGGUGGAGUGGUGCUCCUACAUUGUCCUAUAACAAGCAGUUCUUAUCGAAUAUUGAGGAAAAAUUCCCAAAAGACUUGGAUCUUAUUGUUGCAUGCCAGAAAGGUUUGAGAUCAUUAGCUGCUUGUGAGCUCCUAUACAAUGCUGGGUAUAGAAAUCUUUUCUGGGUUCAAGGUGGCCUAGAGGCUUCUGAAGAAGAGGAUCUCCCCAGAGAGGGCCCCAGCCUCUUAAAUUUGCUGGAAUUGGUGGUGUUUCAGAAUUUCUGGGGAGCUAAGAACCCACUGAUAAUAAUUGCCAAGUUACUGAUGAAGUACCUUCAGACCUCAGUUUUGGACCAUGAGACAAAGACCUUGAGUUUUCCUAGCAUAAUGGUGGAAGUAGCUCAUAGGAUGAAAAUAAAGUCCCUUCGCUUUUCUUAUGUAAUCCUUUGCAUCUAUGAAAGGGAUUGCAGUUUGUAGCUGUCAAUUUAGGCUUUGUUUUGGCUAGUUGAGUGGCUGUUAGACUAGCUGGAUUGUAAACUAUCUGAGCACUUUUGGUGAGAGAAGCAGCAUUUCAUCAAAGAAAUUUUGUUGAGCUCUUGCUGAGUCGGACAUUGGUCCCAUAAUUUGUGUGUAACUGGUGUGGGACAAUUGUGCCUGCAAUGACUAAUGCGGCAAUGCCUUUACGUUUUGUUUUCUCAUUUAUUUUAAUGCUUUAUCUACCCUUUUCUUUGUCCAUUGCCACAGUUUUCACAUAACAUCAUCUCAAGUAGUAAAGGGAGCUCUUAUUUGGCAUUUAGUUGCAUGAGCAGUUUUUUAGUUGGGACAACAUUGUUCUAAGUGAGGCAUAUUCUCAUAAAACCCAUUAUUUUGAGAAUAACAUCAAGAGUGUUCUGUGUUCUGCAUCGUUUACAACCCACUUGACAGGGCUAGAUCUGAUUUAUAGGUUUUACUUCUAGGCUGCUCAUUGGUUUACAUGUUUUAGAGAAAGGGUGUUGGUAGCAAGAAUAAGGUUGGUAAUACUGUGCAUUUUGUUGCCAAAGCAUG